AUGAGCCGGGACGUCCCAAUCCACAGCUGGCCCGGCUCCUAUUACAUCAACAGUGAGAAGCGGUGGGAGAGCGGCACCCUGUCUCUCACCAGGACCAUGGUGCGCUUUGUCUCUAAUCAGAGGAAGGAGAGUCUUGCCAGCUUCCGUCUCUCCAGGAUCAUGGAGAUCAAGAUGGAGUCAUCCAGUUUCAUUUUUAGCACUCUUACAGUGCUUGAAGAGGGCAAUGUGAAACACUGGUUUGGCUCCCUUAAGCCCAACAGGGUGGUGGUUUAUAACGUGUUAGAGCAUUUCUGGAGAGAACGCCUUCUGUCCCCCGGCUCAGAGCCCCGUGGGGCUGAAUGUCAACCCUCUAAAGGCAGAGAGCUGAUCAACCUGGUGGCUGGGGCCCAGAGGAGACUGGAGGACACCGGCAUAGUCAUCAGCCACCAAGGAGAGCAGUUUGACGAUAUGAUGCAGGGACUGGAGAAGAUUGACUCAGACCUGGGCGUGGCUGAUAAACUUUUGUCUGAGCUGGAGACUCCCGCCUGGUGGCCUUUUGGUAAACUCCCAUGGAAAGCUCAGCAGGAAGCUAAGGCCGAGGACGCUGCAAGAGCUGCUGCUGCUGCUGCUGCUGCAGCUGGCAGAGGGUCCGGUAGAAAUAAGGUGAUCACAAGCAUCCCAGCUGUAGUGACCAGAGGUGGGGACUCGGACCUAAAACCCGGAUGCUUGUUGGUGCUGGUGUCCUCACUGGAGGUGCGAGACACAAACUGCCAACUCCUUCACCGCUUUGAACGAAAUGAAAUCGACGAAAUCAGGGUCCACAGUCCUUAUGAGAUCACUGUUAAACAGCGGUUUAUUGGGAAGCCAGAUAUAUGCUACAGGUUCCUGUCUGCCAAGAUGCCAGAGGCAAUGUGUGUGUUAGAGAUGCAGCACAAGAAGAAGGUGGAGUUCACUAGUGAAUACGCUGCUUUCAGGGCAACUCCAGUUUCAUCUCCAUGUGACACAGAGGGGCCAAACUGGAAUGAAGGUUUGCAACAGAAGUGCCAAGACACAGAGCUCCCACUGGAGGUCCCAGCAGGAGAUCUGUCCCAGUUGCAGGUGCAUGUCCUCCAGCCAUCUGUCAGUCAGGCUGAGGCCCAGGAACUCAAACAGAUGCUAAUGCAGCUGAAGAACCUUGCCCUGGAGGCAGAGACAGAGCUGGAACGGCAGGACGAGGUUCUGGACGUCCUGACCAACUCCACUGACCGAGCCACCAUGCACAUAGAGAAGCACACCUGCCGCAUGAAGAGACUGCUGUAGCUCUGACAGUCCAGCAGACACAUGUGGUGCAACCAGAUUCUUCCUUAGGAAUACACUGUAAGCUUCCUCAUUGUCCUCACUGGAUUGGUACAGUGUGAGAGCACACAGCAGUAGGGACUUGAAUAUACUCUUAAUGGUUCAGAGGAUUUUUGUUGAAUUUGAUGGAAUAUUCAUAUAAUCACAUUGGUUCAAGUGUCAGUGAUUUCUGGGGAGAAAGCAGCAAUGUUUGCUAAAGAUGUUUGUGUGAUUAUGUCUUUUAAAAUGACUCUAAACAAUGUUUUUUUCUGUUAUGUGUCUUAUGUGGGCUCAUACAUUUUGACAUAAGUUUUAAUUGUGCAAUAUAAAUUUGCCAUUAUUUUGUUUGGCUGAGAUAAAUGAGCCCUCUGAAUGUGCAUCCUGCAGCAUUUAGCAGCUGUGUCUAGCAUGGUUAGCACAAUCGGUUCAGUGUCCAGGUUCAGUGCCUGGUAGUGGUGCUUACGGCUUGGCUCAGCAGAUUCAGUUUGUGGUAGGAAGCCAGUGAGGGAUUACGUCUUUGUCGGUGCACAGAUGACUCCUACUGAUUGGUCGUGGCACCUGAGUGGGAUUUGGGGGAAUAGCAUGAAUCCUCCUGGCAUGUCAUGCCCUCAUAGUGAAGCAGGCAGGUGGCAGACAGCAAUGACAACCACUGCAGUAAAGGGCAAAAUGGACAUUUGAAAUGCGACAAAGAAAAUAACUAGUCUAUUUAUUCACGCUGCACAUGCUCAUUUAAAACAAACUGCAUGUUUUCAUUGGUUUUACUUGCAAGACUGAUUUGGUCAUGACCCGCCCUACACUGCCUCUGAUUGGCUUACCCUGACAUUUUUACCCUAACCCUAACCUAUCUCACUCUUAUGCCUAAACCAUAACAACCAAACCAAUGAGUACUACAAUCAAAGGCAGAGAAGGGGUCAUGACUUACCUGCCCUCGGAAAAAAUAGUUUUGCGCUGGGUGAACAGGUUUUCCACUAACAGUAAUAGACUGACAGAAGAUGACAGAUGUGUUUCAGUGUCAUCCCAGUAAUAUCCAUGUUUCUGAUGAUGUACUGCCAAUCUUCCUUUUUAUAACUAUCUCUGUCCUGAUUGAUGACUUGUCUCACUCAGGUCCUAGGUGUCACUUAUUCUCUUUACACGGUUUCCCUGUGGCUUAAUGUUGCAUGUCUCAAUAUUACUGCUUUGUAUUGCAUCAAGUGCCCCAUCAAUAUCAAUAUACUAUAUGGCAGAAGACUGUAAAUGUGCAACUAAGUUCUGGGACAAAAUAGAAAACACCCUUUCUUUGUUUUUAAAUGAUAUAAUACUCCAAGGUCUACAUAUACUGUAUAUGUCUUCCUUAGAAUGGUAGUAUUCUAAAUCUGUAUAAUCUGUAAAUAACUGACACAUGUAUUGUAAUUCUGUGAUAUUAUUGUGGUUUGCUAUCAUUGUGAACAUGCAAUUGACUGUCAGUUAACUUAAAAUAUCUUUAUCAUGUUUUUAAAAUUAUGAUUUCAGUGCUCUAUACAUGUUUCUUUUUGCUGAUGAUAUCACAUUUACCUUGACAGAAUAUACUGAUACAAAUAGACAGUUAGCUCUAAAUAUACAUUGAAAAAUGCACCUGCAUCUUUCGUAGCAAACAAAUGAAUGAAUAAAGCAACACUUUAUUGGAAGCAUUGAAAUGAAUUUCAGCUUGCAAG